GCCCAACACUCUGUUCUCUCUUCCUCUACGGUAGGAGAACACCGUGACUAUGUUGCCUAUAGAGCUGUAUGAAGCAGUGCUCGACCAGCUUGAAGACGACAAACAUUCGCUUGCCAUGUGUUCUCGUGCAAAUCGCACCCUGCUAGAUAUAGCGCAACACCGAUUAUUUGCCGAUAUACGCCUCGACUUCGACUCCCAGGCCACAAACCUCGAGUCUCGUCCAUACCAGCUCCUCUCCGCGCUAGAGACAUCUCCGCAUCUGGGAUCGUAUGUCCGGCGGUUCACCGUCAGUUGCGAGUCAGACUCGCUUCUCGUCAUCACUUACCUCCUUCCACCGAUACUCGAACAUCUUUCCGCUCUCCGUUUCUUCAGCGGCCGCAAUGUCUUCAGAAGGACUCUCAGCGUAAAGGCACUCGAACGCGCGACCAAGCACCUGCUCCAACUGCCGACUCUGGAACAGGUCUGCCUACACAUGACAGUCGACUUCCCCUUCCAUCUCAUCCGUACGCCCUCUCUACGACACCUGGUACUCACGGACGCUGGAGAGACCGGGUCAUCGCCUUUAUGGGCGGCCGAGCAAUCGCCUCUCAAGCUGCGUACCUUGAAAUUGUGCUCGUCGCAGAGCGUGGUGCAGUCGCGCGCGUUACUGUGGUUACAGAGCGCCCAGAUAAACCUCAGUGAUCUCCAAGCGCUUAUGCUCGAUAUACAAUGGAUGGAUGUCGCCACUGCGCAGAAGUUGCUUCGUGUUUCCGCAGGAACAUUGCAGUUGCUUGCUUUGGCGCCUCACAGUACGGACGACCGCGUCACGUACGAAUUCUUGGAUCUCCUCGCACAGCCCCCGUUCUGCUGGAAAUCAUUGCGCACCCUGGUCAUCUAUACGGCCAGGCUGUCCGGCUCCUACGGUCUAUGCCUCCCAUCGUGUGACGAUCAUCAACUGGGGUCCCUCGACGCUGCCCUGUCAGAACGGAAGGAUAUGUACCCUGCCCUGCAGGAUGUGAUCAUCCUGCCUUGCGCGCCGUUUGGAGAAAUUUCCUGGCAUGAGUCCCGUGCGCUGGCUGUGGACGAGGAGAGGUGGUGGAGGUUUCGCGAGCCGAUCGAUAUCCGUAUGCGAAAUCGAUGGCAGAAAUUCGUCGCGGACCAGCACAGUAACUGGAAGACCUCGUUUCCGAAAUGCGCUGAAGCCGGCAUGCUACGCGAUACUCCGUCAACGGAUAUAGAUGCUUGAAGAAGUAUGCUUGUCAUUACCAACCUGUAAAGUGACGAAUCGGUCUGAUUUCUACAUGCUAGUUAUGCAUUUUCUGCGACCAUCGGUCCAGCCACGCCUUGAAAUCAUUGGUGGAUCGCGCAAUGUACGUGAACCGUGCUUGUAUGCUAUCCAACGCCUGCGCAAGC